AUGUCGGAGCGAGGACUGGACGUUCAGCUGUCCAGCGGUUCCCGGUCGCCGAUCGAUCGAUCGACGACAUCGGAGCAAGGCCAACUUUCGGUCGCGCAACCGGCAGCUAAUGGCAGUCCUGCUGCGCUGACCGGUUGGGCGACGGGCAACUGCCGGGGAAGGGGGAUGGGAGCCGGAUGGUUAGUUACCUUUGUCAUCAUCGGUGCAAACUGCACGUCUUCCGCCGCGAACGGGCCCCAGCGUCCCUGUGGAUGCCUGGCUCUGCUGCACGCUCUGGCCCACGGAUCGGCCCAAAUCCGCGAUAGUUUAGGGUUGUCAUUGAUCGAGUGA